AUGUACUGGAUCACCGAACAUCUGCGGCUCAAUGGCGUGUAUUGGGGCUUAACAGCGUUGCAUCUUUUGGGUCAUCCUGAAGCACUUCCACGUGACGAGACAAUCAGGUUCGUGUUGGGUUGCCAGAAUGUAGAUGGCGCGUUUGGUGCUGCUCCUGGUCAUGAUUCUCACAUGCUAUACACAUUGAGCGCCGUUCAGAUAUUAGCAACUAUCGAUGCACUGCCUGCUCUUGAGAAGUCGAAGCAUGGCGGUAAAGAGAAGAUAGCUGACUGGAUUGCGGCACGUCAAGAUCGUACAUCUGGCACGUUUGCUGGUGAUGAAUGGGGUGAGCAGGAUUCUCGCUUCCUAUUUUGUGGGUUGAUGGCAUUGGCUAUCCUCGAUAUGAUGCACAAAGUUGAUGUUGAGAAGGCAGUCUCUUUCGUAAAGUCAUGUCAGAACCCAGACGGUUCCUACGGGCGAGUCCCUGGCGCGGAAUCUCAUGCUGGCCAAGUAUAUACGUGUGUCGGUGCUCUUGCACUUACCAAGAGACUUGAUCUGGCUGAUCUUGAUCGGCUGGGAGCAUGGUUAAGUGAGAGGCAGCUUCCGAAUGGUGGUCUAAAUGGCAGGCCGGAGAAGUUAGAGGAUGUCUGCUAUUCGUGGUGGGUGCUUAGUAGUCUCGCCAUGAUUGGGAAGCUACACUGGAUCGAUGAGGCAAAGCUGACCAACUUCAUCUUGCGUUGUCAGGAUACUGAGCAUGGCGGCAUAUCAGACAGACCUGGUGAUAUGGUCGAUGUCUUCCAUACAGUAUUCGGUGUUGCAGGUUUGAGCUUGCUGGGGUAUCCUGGACUCCAAGCAGUAAAUCCCAUAUAG